UCCGAGUCAUAGGUAGUUCCCUCCCGCUCGUCUGUUGUUCGUUAAGCUAACAGCUAGCUUCCUUGUUAAAGUCCUUACUUUAUCAGGGAAAAGGCUACGUAGUUGACAUGGGAACCGCAUUGCAAUUGCUCAAGGUUGUUCAACACCUUGCUGGCUACUAUACUUGGACAUUGAUAGACAUCUGAAACUAGUGAUGUGGAUGAAAAACUUGCCAAAAGAUAACUGCAUAUCCAGCUUGUCCUAUGGCGACUUUCUAGAGUGGUACAAUUGUAACCUCUUCUCCACAUAAUCUAUAAUGUCAUUACCAAAUGAGUCAGGAAACAGAGGGAAGGAGCGAGAGAGGGGAGCCCGCCCAAAAGUGAGACAGAGCCGUUCGGAGGAGAGAAGAGACUCUGGUGGUGGUCGGAAAGGCGGGAAGGGCAAGAAAAAAGGCCUCUCCACGCACGACACCGCCGCCGAGCGACCCGUCAGUGACGGGUUUGAGUAUGGCGAACUGUUGAACGAUCUGGAGGACAGGAGCCAAACCUCCUCCUCCACCUCCCCGCUGAAGGAAACCUGGAAAUGGCAGGACUUGGACGUGGCGGGGUCCACUCCGGGGCCAGGUGUCACCGCCAAGCAAGGUCAGGGCACCGUUUGCUCUGCCGCAGAAUUACCUCCCCUCGGCGAGGCGGAGGGCCGAGGCUCAAGCAGCAGCCGCACUCUCAGGCAAAAAAUCCAGGACGCAAUGGGCCAGUGUUUCCCGAUAAAGACCCACAGUGCUGCAGCGGCACCACCUUCACCCCCGCAGGCCUUUUCAUCAUCAGCUGCCUGCGCCUCCUCCAGGCGGAAGAUCCAUCUCAGCGAACUGAUGUUGGACGACUGCCCGUUCCCCGUAGGGUCAGAGCUGGCUCAGAAGUGGUAUCUCAUUAAGCAGCACACAGCCCCCAUCACCCAGGCUCCCCUGUUGGAUCCCGCAGUGGUGGUGUGCAGCGCCCCGACUUCGGCGACGGCCGCCGUGGAGGAUGUGGACGACAAGCUGCGAGAGCGCAGGCGCAUCAGCAUCGAGCAAGGCGUGGAGCCGCCGCCCAACGCCGAGAUCCACACUUUCGAGGUGACGGCUCAGAUCAACCCGCUGUACAAGCACGGCCCCAAGCUGGCUCACGGCAUGAACGAGUUGGCCGGCACCGAGGGCGCCUCCGCUCACCAGCAGCAACAGCUGCUUCUCCAAAGGCAGGAGCAACACCAGCUCCUGCUGCAGAGCUGCUUGGACACGCUGGACGAAGUGGCGGCCUCAGCGUCUGCUUCCCUCCACGCCUCGGAUGCCGCCUCCGAUCCGCCGGUUGAUGCGGAGGCGGCGGCAGCGGUGAGCAAUUCGAGCUCGAGAGCCGCCUCGCUCCCUCGAACCGAGCACCAGACGCCCCACGAAGGCUACCGCUUCCACACUCAGAUCGACUACAUUCACUGUUUAGUGCCGGACCUGCUGCAGAUCACCAACCUCCCGUGCUACUGGGGAGUCAUGGACCGCUACGAGGCGGAGACGCUGCUGGAGGGGAAACCCGAAGGCACCUUCCUGCUGCGCGACUCCGCCCAGGAAGACUACCUGUUCUCCGUCAGCUUCCGGCGCUACGGCCGCUCGCUGCACGCGCGCAUCGAGCAGUGGAACCACAACUUCAGCUUCGACGUCCACGACCCCAGCGUCUUCCACGCGCCCACGGUCACGGGCCUGCUGGAGCACUACAAGGACCCCAACUCCUGCAUGUUCUUUGAGCCCCUCCUCUCCAACCCCAUCCACCGCACACACCCGUUCAGCCUGCAGCACAUCUGCAGGGCGGUGAUAAGCAGCUGCACCACGUACGACGGCAUCAACGUCCUCCCCAUUCCGAACGCGCUGAAAAAACACUUGAAGGAAUACCACUACAAGCAGAAAGUGCGAGUACGGCGGAUGGACACGUGGUGGGAAUGAAGAAGAAUAGAAACCGGACUCAACCAAAUAUUUCAAAGUAUUUAGCUGUAUCAACUCACGCAACACUGUAUUUAUUUAUUUUAUUCCUGCUGAAUCUCAUAGCAAUUGUACUAAACCACACUGAUGAGGCAACGUGUAAUCUCACUGAUCUUGCACAUUCAGAGCGAUGCUGAGCUGAAAUUAAACAAACAAGUUUCAGAUUCAUGCUGCUUAGAGGACUGCAUCUCAUCUGUGUCUUCAAGUGUGACUAAAUCAUCUUAAUUAUCUGAUGAUGAGGGUAUGAAUCAAGAUGAUUAUAAUGGAACUGCUCAUCGAUCACACACUGAGAAGCUGAAACUCGUCCUUACGGGGAUCGUCACUGAGGUGCUGCAAGUUUUACACCUCAGUGCAUUAGUCUUAGCACUUCCUGAGCUUUUGUUCACAUUUUGUCAUGUUAAACACCACAAAUCUCACUUUUUUUCCCUAGGUUUGGACCAACAUAAAGUAAUAGAUUAUUUUGUUGUUAAUAUUAACCGUCAUUUCACUAGGUAAUUCCCAUUGAGAUUAAGAGUGUUUUCUCAUUUGAUAGUCCAACGGACUAUGUUCAUUGGGGACCAAAACUGCAACAUUCGUUACAUUUUCAGCUGGUGUGGUUCGCCAUCUCGCCGCACCGUCAAACCAGCUAAACCGUUUCAAAACCCUGUCCUCCCGCCUGUGGAGGCGCUGCACCAAGAACUACUGAAGGAAACAACACAAAAACCUCCGAAGAAGACAUGAGCGCAACUUCCUCCUUUUUGUAAACAAAAUGGAAUAUCAUCGGGUUUUAACAGUUGUAGGAUUUCGCUUUUGUCUCCGGCAAAAGACCACGAGCCAUUUCCCCACGAGCGUUAGACUCGCGUGUCUAGUUUAGUAGUAUUUACCCAGAAGGCCCUGUUGCGCGGUAGUCAUUUAGUUAUAGCAAGAAUAAAUCAGUAAAACGAUUAAUUAAAGCAUUUACAGACAGAUGAGCCCUUCUCAAAAUGAGCAAGAGCAGCCUUAACACAUUUACUGAGAACAGCAUCUUUAACUUCACGGUUUUCUUCCCCCCCCCUAACUGGUUCCUGAAAAUAUUUCUUUCCAAGUUCAUUUUGGACCUUAGGCACUGAAAUUAAAAAAAAAAAAAAAAAGCAAGAAAAAAAA